AUGUCUGCCACUGGAGUUGAUGUUCAAGUUGUCCUUGAAGGCGGUGGUGUUGUUGCUGCUGCUCCAACCAAUGUGAUCGCCACAUCGUCCACAGAUGCCAAGAACAAUUCGCUUUCCAUGGAUACUCUGGCUGUAAGUGUUCACCAUUUGGAGCACAUCUUUUUAGAAGAAGUGUAUUCAUUCACCACCGCUGCAACAGCAAACCAAAAUCCUCUUUCUAGAGACUCCAAAAUCUAUGAAAUUGAAGGCCUACGAGGUCCUCCCGGGGUCAUCCGAACAAGAGGAACCAACACAAUUUGCCCAGUCGAUGGAAGAUUGGGAGCUUCUUAUGUCCAUUGUCUACAAGGAGAUGACCAUGUCGGAGAGGCAACACAUAUGCUCAGCUAUUCGUGGAACUACACAAUUGGCGACAUCGUGGAUACUCUAUCAGAUUUUUGCCUACAGAACAACCUCAAUCCAAAGAGAACCUAUAUCUGGAUGUGCUGCCUCUGUGUCAAUCAACACAGGGUGGUGCAAAACUCUGCUCAGCAGAAAUCAGGAAUGAUAGCAUCUGCGAAAGUGGACUUCUUUGCCAUCUUUGGAGAACGAGUAAAAAAUAUUGGUCAUUUGCUCGCCAUGAUGGCUCCAUGGAAAGCACCCAUUUACAUCACUCGAGUCUGGUGUAUUUUUGAGAUCUUUACAGCUCACAGGACUGGUGGGUGCAAAGUGGAUAUUGUCAUGCCACCUAGGGAGAAGCAAUCCCUAGAGCAGGAUGUUGUUGAUAAUGGCGAAGGAAUCAAUGCUCUCUACGAGACUCUGGGCAAUACCAAAGUUGAAAAGGCCAAUGCAUCUGUGGAAAGUGACAGGCUGGCCAUUCUUGGCCAAGUAAAAUCGGAUGUUGGUUUUGCCGUGCUCAACAAUCUAGUCAAUGAUUUGUUACGUGGAUGGAUGCAAGGUGUCUUGACUCAGUUGGUGGAAACCAGAGAGAACACGAACGAUGAGGAGUACGUGGACUUUUGUAACCACAUUGGGGUUAUCUUUAACAAAAAUGGUGAACACGAUGCAGCCAUGAAACUCCACCAGACAGCUCUGACAAUUUGUGAGUCCGUUUUGGGUGAGAAUCAUAGUGCAAAAGCAGAAACCUAUAGCUUUAUUGGUUUGGUUAUGGGUAGUAUGGGUGACUAUGAAGGUGCUUUGGCAAAGUAUGAGGAAUCUCUUGCCAUCAACUUGUCAGCGUUGGGCAAGAAUCAUCCCUCAGUGGCAAACACUUACAACGACAUUGGUUUUGUCCUGAGUGAGAUGGGUGACCAUGAAGGUGCUCUCGCAAAGUAUGAGGAAGCUCUUGCCAUUAAUUUGUCGGCACUGGGAAAGAAUCAUCCUGAUGUGGCAGCCAGUUACAACAACAUCGGUGGUGUCCUGCGGACAAUGGGUGAAUAUGAAGGUGCUUUGUCCAAGACUGAGCAAGCUCUUGCCAUCCGACUGUUGGCAUUGGGCAAGAAUCAUCCCGAUGUGGCAAACAGCUACAACAACAUUGGGGUUAUACUGCGUAAUAUGGGUGACAAGGAAGGUGCUUUUUCAAAGUAUGAGGAAGCUCUUGCCAUUCAAGAGUCAGUAUUGGGCAAGCACCAUCCUGAGGUGGCAGCGACUUACAACAAUAUUGGGCUUGUUCUGGAUGAGAUAGGUGACUAUGAAGGUGCUUUGGCUAAGUACAAGGAUGCUCUUGCCAUCAAAGAGUCAGCAUUGGGCAAAGAUCAUCCUGAUGUCGCCACUUGCUACAACAACAUUGGUUCUGUUAUGAAAGCUAUGGGCAAUUACCCAGGUGCGUUGUCAAAGUACAAGCAAUCUCUUGCCAUUCUUGUGUGCGUACUAGGCAAGAAUCAUCCUUUAGUGGCAUCUGUAUACAGCAACAUUGGAUCUGUAUUGUGUUCUAUGGGUAACUACUCUGGAGCCUUGUUGAAAUUUGAAGAGUGCCUGGCCAUUCGAAAAUCGGUAUUGGGCAAGAAUCAUCCUGACACCAAGGCCUGCCUGGAAUGGAUUGGAUGUGCCAAGGAGGCGUUGCAGCAACCUAGUUCCUGCACGUGUAUUCGCCAAUUAUGCUGUUUUAGAUUAUAG